AUCAUCAGCUGCCACUACACAAAUAAAUAAUUUCAUCAUCAUGCCAAAUUAUUUUAUCAUCUUUAUCUGAUCAAUUUCAUGAAUAUAUAUCCUCCUAAUUUUUAACAUCAUGUUACACGUGUAAAUCUGCAUAUUAAAUAUAUAUGUAAUGUUACACUACAAUAUUUGAGAAACUAAUACACCUCUCUCUCUCUCUCUCUCUCUCUCUCUCUCUCUCUCUCUAAUAUCUUUCAGUGAAUUUUAGCAAUGGAAGGGUUUGAUGGUUACAAGCCAGCAAUGGCUAUGGUUGGAUUACAAUGCAUAUACACAGGACUUGCUCUUUUCACUAGGGCUGCUUUAUUACAAGGAAUGAGUCCAAGGGUUUUUGUUGUCUACAGACAAGGUGUAGCCACUCUUAUCAUGGCCCCUAUUGCUUGUUUCACAAGAUGGAGAAAUCCAUAUAAUAAGACUUCACUGGGAUUGAGGAGUUUUUGUUUGAUUUUUAUCACCUCCCUUAUUGGUGUGACAGGAAAUCAGAAUGCCUAUUUUGAAGGGUUGUACUUAUCUUCUUCAACAAUAACAACAGCAAUGACUAAUUUGCUUCCUGUAAUGACAUUUGUAAUGGCAACCAUAGUAGGAAUGGAGAAAGUUAAUUUUCAAAGCUUGAGAAGUGUUGCAAAGAUAAUAGGGACAAUAUUUUCAGUUGGUGGAGCUAUUUGCAUGGCAUUGGUUAAGGGUCCAAAAUUAUUAAACACAAUUCUUGUUUUAGCAUCAUCAAUAUCAGAUGAUGAGAAUUUGGAGUUGGGUUGUGCAUUUCUCUUCAUAAGCUGUCUUUGUUGGUCAUUUUGGAUCAUCAUGCAGGUACCAAUUUCAGCCAGUUGUCCAGACCACUUGUAUUCAACUCUUUGGAUGUGUUUAUUGACAACCAUUCAAUCAGCAAUAUAUACAUUUAUGGUUGAGCCUGAUCUUAAAGUGUGGAGUCUUCAUUCCUAUUUAGAACUUGGAAGUUGUUUAUAUGCAGGAAUUGGUACUGCAAUAUCAUUUUUUGUUCAAGCAUGGUGCAUACAACUAAGGGGUCCGGUCUUUGUUGCAAUGUUCAGCCCUCUAUGCACUGUCAUUACAGCUAUUAUAGCUUCUUUGUUUCUACAUGAGAACUUAUAUGUUGGAAGGUGCUUAAUUAUGGUGGUAAUCUUUCGAAGAAUUCGAAUGAACGCUAGCUUGGAAUUGUUUAAGUCAAACGCUCCUUACAGGAACGAGGAGAUCAAUGCAGUACGGGAUGAGUGGGCCGAAUUUGUGAAGCCUUUGAUUAUAGAUUAAGUACAAAAUUACUACUCUUGUUAUAAUACAUGAGUAGCAAGUUUUAUGAUUGUUGUUAACUUUUAUAUUAUGUAAUUAGUUUAUAGUUACUGCUUACGAUAUAUAUAGAAUUUAAGUUUUAGGAUCGUUUCUAUUAAUAAUUUUAGUAUUAUGAAAUUAGUUAAUAGAAUCGAUUACUAAUUUUAUAUAAGUUUUAUAAACGUUCUUUUAACUUUUUUUUGUAUUAUGUAUGUACUAUUAUAUAAAAUUAUUCUAAAAUUUGAUAAUACACGUGAGAAAAAUUACAUGAAAAUUUGCAAUUUUCCCUCACGUACAUUUAUGCUUUAUUUUAUAACCGACACAAUAGGUAAUAAAAAUAUUUCAGCAAUUUAUGUGCCAUUUUUGAAUUGAAAUGCUACAAAUAAAUUUGCAUCAUUUCUAAACUGACGCAGAAAAUAAAAAAGAAGAGUGCAUAUUUUGUGUCGGUUUUUAAAUGAAAAUAAUUAUUUUUUGCGUCAUUUCAAAAAUAGCACUAAUAAAAAACUAUUUGCGAUUAUGGUAUAUACAUCGGUUUUCUACACUAACGUAAAUUCUGUAAGUGACACUUAGAAACUGACAGGAAUUAUACUUUUUGUAGUAGUGAUACUGAGAUUGAUUGUCUUUUUACUCGUCAUAAUCUGAAAGUGGGCACCAUUACUUUGCCUUUUGUUCCUUCGUCGUUGUAGCUUGCUGACAUUUUUACUAAGUCACAUAUGAUUUCUUGGUUUUCGUUUUCUUUCAGGUAAACUCUUGAUGCUUCUUGCAGCAGUAUCAUGAGUUUGAUGGAGGGUGUUAAAUAUUUAUUUAGGGUUAUUUUAGUCUUUUCCUUUAUUUUAGUGUUUUGUAUUAGUUGCCUGUAUAAGACUUUCUUAUUAAUUGUAUUUCUAUAAUUUUUGAAUCUUGCA